GUACUUGCGCCUUUGUUCCGCAACCUCUAUGGAAGGCUUGGUUUUCUGAAGGACAAUCAACUGGCUUUGGUUUUCGUUCUCUUUUCAGGGUCAGGGCUGCGAGAUCAAGCCAUCCUGGGGCGAAUGCUCUUUGAGACGCAGAAACGACUGCAACAUCUUCAGGGUCGUGAUUUCACCAACGUGGUCAUGGCUUGCUUUCGAAGCAGCACUCCAUCCUUGAUGAAAGACGUGGAAGGUUUGUACGAUGAGCUGAAGACGGCCGUCCAAGAGCGUUACCCAGGCUUGAGCCCAAGGUUGAAGUUGCGAAUCUUCCUGGCAGCUCCCACACUCUUCGACCUGUCGCAGGAGGAGACUGUCUUGAUGGCUGAAGCUUUGUUGCCACACCUGAGCUCCAUGGAGCCUGCGGAACUCACGCGUUGUAUCGUGGGUUGCGCAAGGCGUCAACUGGUCCAUGAGCCUUUUCUUCAGCCAGUCUUCCAGGCUUUGCGGGAGCAGCGGGAAAAGAUGAGUCCGGUGGAUGUCAUCAGCUGCAUCCAUGCAGUUCACGUGAUGAAUUUUUGGACGCCCAAGUUUCGCAGAAGUUUGGGUUUCAUGUUGAUGGAACACGUAAAGGCUUGGCGCAUUCCAGCCGCACGGCUGAGAGAUGUGCUGCCAGCGCUGCAUGCCUUGGGGUAUUGGCCGCGGCUCACGGGGUCCUUGCAACGCGCUGUUUGGCGCAUCGCUCCAGAGGACUUGAAGUAUCAAGUUCCACCACCUCCCAAGAAGCCCUUGGAUGGUCCACAAGAUGACGCAGAGGCCCAAAGGACUGGCUGGCGUCGCUUUGGCUUGCAGAAGAUCAGACCUGGCAUGCUUCGCCGCAUCAGCCGUGAAGCUCGGGAGGCCAAAGAAGCCCCGUUCCUGAGCCGGAAGCACGGCCUGAAAGAUCUCACUUCAAAUCCCUGGGAGGGCAAGCGAAAACGAAAGGAAGAGGAACGCUUCGUGGAGUCCUUGCGUCAGGAGGCCGCCGAAGAGGCGGCGGAGGAAGCCCAAGCACCACCCCCCACGGCGGUGGAGAGCUUCAUCAGGAUGGCACGUCGAUUGUGACACCGAAUGGGGCCGACUGUGACUGGGGCGGAGAAGAUCCAGAAAUCUGGUAUCAGUGGCCGGAACCAGGAUUCCCUGCUGGAAC